AUGUCUGAUCUCGACUGCACACAAAUUCUUACUGCAGACGAUUCAAUUUCGUCGGUUGGUGAUAGUGAAGCCUAUUUGAAGCUUGUAAGCCCGGUCGAUAAUGUGGCAACUGAAUAUCCAUUAGCAAAAGAAACAACAAUUGGUCGUAGCUUUCCAUCUGAUAUUAUAAUUCCUGUACAAGUACUAUUGACACCAAAUGUUUUAUAUGCGUUAAAAUAUGGGGAUGAACUCAUAUUCGGUGAUAUUACGUGCACAUUUGAAAAAAGCAGUACUCUUAUGACAAAACAGUCUGGAAAACAACUUUCGUAUAUUUCAGCAACCAGUGCAUUGCAAGAUGGUAGUUAUUCACAGAAUGAUAGUGAAUUUAGUUUACCUACAUCUACGGAACGACGCAAUGGCAUUGAAGAUGUUAAACAUAAAAGUCUUGUUAAUAUUCAUUCGAAUAAUACUGCCAAUAAAGAUUCAGCCGGUUGUAUACCAUCAACACAAACAAUUACUGAUUCAUAUGAUGAUGAUAUUGAACCAGUUCAACCAAUGAAGAUUUGGAAUGGAGAUAAUAAUCGAAUGAUUCGAUCAGUGACACAAGUGCGAAUACCAUCAAAACUGGCAAAUUCUUCUUCACCAAUGAUUGAUGAUGAAUCGUCGUCAUCUUCUUCGUCUCACAACUCAAAACAGAAUGGUAUCGGUAGUGAACAACAAUCAUCGGAUCAACUAACAAUACCACCUAUUAAAUCUUCCUCAUCAUUACUAAAUAACAAUGAUAAUUUUGAAGAAUAUUACGCUGACGAAAUAUUAAUUGGUUGUAAUACUGUGCCGGCUACGUUGCCUCUUAUUGAACAAACAAAUUUAAAUAUGAAUGAUCAACUGGAAAUUGUUUCUUCCUCGCAACCAGUUCAACCGAAAUUACAACAACAAAACCAAGACGCUGGUGAAAGCGAACAAGUAAAUAUAACGACAAUGACAACCGUCUCUACCACUAUAACAACAACAACAACAACAACGACAACAAUUGAUAUUGAACAAGAAAUUAAGACAGAUCAAAUAAAUGAACUUGAUGAUGGUGCACAGUCAUAUGAUCUAGGAUUGGAUGAAAAAGAGAUGGUUAUAAAUCAACAAGGAUAUAUUGGUGAUAGUGAAGAAAUAAAAUCAUCAAAAGAAGUAGAACAACAAGACGUUUCUAGUCGUUUGAGUGAACAAAUACCAGAUGAAGUGAUUACAUUAACUGAGAUAACAAAAACCACAUCGGCAAUUGUUAUUACAACGCCUAUCAUUGACAUCCCAUAUGAUAUGCAACAAGAAAUUGAUAAUGAAUUGCAAAAUGAGCAUUCUGGUGAAUCUUCUAUCGUGUCUGCUCGUAGUACCCUAGAUGACAACAAUGAAUACGAUAUGAUCAAUGAUAGAGACAAAACGAUAUCAUCAAAUCUACACAUGCCAGAAAUAUUACAAACACCUGCGUAUCAAAUGAUGCCGGAUAAUAAUAUGCAAGAUAAACCAUCACAAUUAAAUGAAUAUGAUCAAGAUUUAUCUAUGGCACCACUUGUAGAUAUCUCGUCGAAAACAUUCGAAGAAGAAAACCUUAUUAAACAGCAGUCUCCGCAAUCAGUCAUUACUAGCCAAGAACAAGAGGAGUCAUUUGUUGAUAAUGCGCAAAUGGAUACCAACGACAGGAUCAAUUCAUCCGAUAAUGCUGAACCAUUACCAAUUGAAUCAAAUGAACUAUCUAAAACGAAUGAUGUCGAACUAGAAAAAGUGACUACCGAUCGCAAUGAAGAUCAGAUGCAACAAAUAUCAUCUAAGUUAUCAGAAUCAAGGCCAUCGGAUGAAAACGAAGCAACAGAUACAGCUGAAAAUGUGAAUGAUCGACCAACAUCAAAUGUUCUUGACGAUAAACUUACCGAAAUACCAUAUUUUCCAGCAUCGACUUCUGUCGAAGUACCGUCUUCAAUUACAACAAAUGUUGAUGAUGAAAUUGAUACUAUGAAAGACGUGUCAAUGACUAAAAUUCAUUCUAGCCAAGAAACAUCAACAGAGAACGAUCCACAGCAUAUUAUAACCAUGAAUGAAAACACAGAUCAAGUUGGUUUGAAUGAGCCGUCAGAACCUCAGACAUCUGUUCCUGCUGGUGAACAUUCAUUAUCAAUAAAUGCGAGUGAAAACCAAGAAUCUGUAUCUCAAAAUGCAAACGAUGGUCGAAUAGAAUUGAAUGCUAUUGAUUCGACUGAUAAAGACAUUGAAGUAACAAAUAGAACAACCACUGACGAAUCAAAAUUCUUAAAUGAACCGAAAGUCCAAACCGAAGUUGAUAAUAAUAUAGCGGAAUCAGCUGAUGAUGAACCACUUACGUCUGAAGAGGGCACUCUGUUGAAACCUAGUCGACCUGGUGUUCCAAGAAAACACGCACGUCGUGCGCAUGGUAGACAACAAAAAGUUGUUAGCUCAAAGCUGCAUGGUACUCGUGGUAGACGUAAUGCGAUAAUUCCAACAUUAAAUGAAACUGUAGAGAGCGAUACACCAAUGGAUGAAACAAUCAACACGGAAAACGAAGAUAAUGUUAAUAUUAGUGUCAGUAAAAAAGAGAUUGAAACACUGCCAAUAGAACAAGAUGAAAAAGUAGAAGAAACAAGCCCAUCUGAUAUUAUUGAUGAGAAAAAAUCAAUUGUUAAACCACAAGAAGAAAACUCGUCAAAUGUUCGACAUUCACGGCGUAUACAAGAACGAGCAAGUUCGGGAAAAUUACGUGGAUUUCCGUAUGAUGAUAAUGAAUAUGUUGAUUUGGAUGAGUUAGAAAAGCAUCAGACGAAUCGAAAAUCAAAAACUCUAUCAUCUGCAAAAUCACCUACAUCAAAACCACAAUCUUCUGCUUUAAAACGUAAAAGUUUGAGACAACAACAGAUCGAUGAUCAUCAAAAAGAAGAACAAAAGAUCGAUGAAGAUAGUAGUGCUGAACAGUUGGAAAUCGGGGACGAAGAAGUUCAAGAUACAAGAAAAGGUUCGAUUAAUAAACGUAAACGAAAAACAACAGCACCUAUAGCAACGACCCCGACUGGUCCGAAGCGAAAUCGAACAUCUGAACCUACAAAAGGCCGUAUUUUGACAAAUUCUGCAUCAGCAACUAAAUCAACUCCGUUAACCGGCAAUCGUCGACGAAAAUUACCAUUAUCAGUCACUCCAGAUGUUGUGAAUGACCAAACACCAAAUCGCUCUUUGUCAUCAACAGCAAAUGUCAGCCAGGCUAAACGACAAAAACGCAGUAAUCAACCGUUAACACCAACAAAUGUCAGUACACCCCCACCACCAAAAACAGAAGAAAAUUCUGGACGCACACGUUCGAAAUCCAAAACACCGAAAUCUGCUCGUACAACCGAAGAUGAACAAAAACAAGAUCAACAACAAUUAGUUCCCCAAACGAGUGCGUCUAACGCUCGUCAAUCAUCACGUCAACAACCAGACUCAUCGAAUAAACGUUCAUCAUCGAAAUCCAACAAAAAACAAAAAACGGAUACAAAAACAGAAGUGGAAGAAGUUGAAGAAAAACGACCAGUACGAAUCGCUUUAAGCAGUCAUUUGAAUUUUGAUCAACGUCAAUUAGAUCUAUUAAAAAAACUUGGCUUUGACAUUAUUGAUGAAAGUUGUCAAGUUGACGUAUUAGUUGUUGAUCGUAUACGUCGUACAAAGAAAUUUUUCAUGUGUUUGGGAAGAGGUGCACAUAUCGUAUCACCAACAUGGAUCGAUACAAUGUUACGUGAUGAAAAAUAUUAUCCUAUUGAUAAAUUUUAUUUAAACGAUCAACAAGCAGAACAACGUUAUGGUUUUAAUUUAAAGGAAAGUGUACGUUUAGCCAAACAACGACCAAUAUUUGGUGGCUAUAAAAUAUUUUGUACGAAAGAUACAUCGCCACCAUACGAAGAUUUAAAAGAUAUUAUUGAAGCAGCUGGUGGAAAAUUAAUUGAUAAAGUUAAUAUGCUUCGUCCAGCAAAAGAUUUAAUAUGUAUAGUAGCACAAAAACAUAAACAAGAAUACGAAAGUUUACAUAAACGAAACGUUCCAAUUGUUAGCGAAGAAUUUGCACUAAGCGGAAUAAGCAAACAACGAUUAGAUUUUGAUAUGUUUUCUCUAUUUACAACAUUAGGCCCUAGCGCUUUGACACCAGCACCACCAGUGACAGCAUCUCAAAAUAUUGUUCCAACAUCUACAACACAAUCAAUAGUACCCUCUUCUGCUUCUCAAAUACCAACACGAAAAUAG